AUGCGAGAGUCACGCAGUAGUUCCUCUCUUUGCAUGAAACACAAAGAGCAUCAAGUUUUCUUUAAAGACUUUGUGAAGAAGUCUGACAAUCAGAUCGGCGGUCUUCACAUAGUGCUUUUAAUAUCGCUUGGAAGCCAGUCGCUGACGACUCUGAUCCAAGAUAUGCUGAUCAAGGUAAAGACUCUUACGGGUAAGGAGAUUGAAUUGGAUAUUGAGCCUAACGAUAAAGUGGAAAGGAUCAAAGAAAAGUUAAGUUUAUACUAUUGUGCUUGUCCUGUAAAUAUAGUUGAAGAAAAAGAAGGAAUACCACCGCCACAGCAACGGCUAAUUUUUGCAGGCAAGCAGAUGAAUGACGACAAGACUGCCACUGACUAUAAGGUGGCUGGAGGAUCCGUUCUGCAUCUGGUUUUGGCUCUUCGAGGAGGAUAG